AUGAGAUUCUCCACAACCCUCCCCCUCCUCUCCUUCCUUGCACCCCUCGCCCACGCCGCCCCGCAAACGCACUACUCAACAGUCACAAUCAUCCCAGUCCCUCUGUCCUCAACCAUAAUACACUACCACCCCACCGGCCCUCCGUAUCCCUCCGGUAGCGACAAACCGCGGUUAUACAACGCACGCUACAACGCCUCAGCGAACAUAUCCCUCUCGUACACGCUCUCGUACCCUACCACCAACCUGCCGCCAACUCCGCGUAUAUUCGCGGGGCCAUAUGCUCAACCCUCGAUUUCGCGCAACGCGACGAUGAGGCCGAGGCUGGGGGAUUUGAAUACGACGCUACCGCCGUUGCCGUGUACGCUGAGUGAGUUGUAUUGCGAUAGCAAUACCUCGUUUUCUCUCUGCGCCCCAGCGGUAGGGGGUGGGAGCCGGUACGUUUUCAUGGGUGCUGUAGCGAAUGGGACGUCGUGUCAUGACGGGAGGAUUGAGAAGGCGGACGGUGGGGAUUGCAGCCCCGUUGGACAUCUGAAGUGUGAGGGAGGAAGAGGAUUCUUCUUAUGCGAUGAAGGUGGCUUGGUGCACAUGGGUAGCGCAACCAAUGAGACUACCUGCGUAGAUGGAGAGAUCGAGGUCGUCACCUUGGGGCGCUGA